AUGUCAGUCUGUUCAUAUCUAUCUAUCUAUCUAUCUAUCUAUCUAUCUAUCUAUCUAUCUAUCUAUGUCAGUCUGUUCAUAUCUAUCUAUCUCUCUAUCUAUCUAUCUAUCGUUAGUGUUUACAUAUCUUUCUAUCGUUCUAUCUCUCUUGUGUUUAUAUCUAUCUAUCUAUCUAUCUAUCUAUCUAUCUAUCUAUCUAUCUAUCUAUCUAUCUAUCUAUGUGACUAUCUGUCUGUCUUUUGUUUCAUUCUAUCGUCACUCUUUCUUAAAAAAAAAAGGUGUUUAAGAAAGAAAUUCUUAAACACCUUCUUUUUUUUCUUUCUUUCUAUCAAUCUUUCUUUCAAACUUUCUUUCUAUUUAUUAUUCUUUCUUUCUUUCAAACUUUAUUUCAUUCUAUCUAUCUAUCUAUCUAUCUAUCUAUCUAUCUAUCUAUCUAUCUCUCUCUUCUCUCUAUAUAUAUAUAUAUAUAUAUAUAUAUAUAUAUAUAUGAAUCUUUCUUUUAUCUAUCACUCUUUCUUUCUUUCUAUCAAUCUUUCUGUCAAUCGUUCUUUCUAUUUUUUUCAUUAUUUCUUCCUUCCUUCCUUCUUUCGUAAACACCUUUUUGUUUCUAUCUAUCUAUCUAUCUAUCUAUCUAUCUAUCUAUCUAUCCUAUCUCUCUCUCUCUCUCUCUAUAUAUAUAUAUAUAUAUAUAUAUAUAUAUAUAUAUAUAUGAAUCUUUCUUUUUUAUCUAUCACUCUUUCUUUCUUUUCUAUCAAUCUUUCUGUCAAUCGUUCUUUCUAUUUUUCAUUAUUUCUUCCUUCCUUCCUUCUUUCGUAA